AUGACGCCGUCUAAGACGCCCAGUCCAGCUCCGCCCCCAACAUCCGCGUCAACAUUGACAGUCAAUCCUGAUUACGCAAAUCCAUCUUUCGACCCCGUCGACUUCCUCAACGACACUCUCCCGCCACUGAGUCUCCAAUCUUCACAGUUUCAAUCCCAAUCAAACCCGCGUGCCGUCAAUCUCACCGACCUCUCCACUCGCGUCCAAUCUAUCCUGUCACAAACCAAUGCCCAGAACAUCCGCCACUCAAGCACGCUUACUUCUCUUACGGAUGAAAUCAUCCGCAGCGGCAACCGGCUCGCGUACGAAGUCGAGGUUCUUCGCGGUGAGGCGAUCGCACUCUCGGACUUGCUGACGGAGGGGCUGGCAGAGGAGAUUGCGAGGUUUACUACUACGCCGACAAUUCCGGAGGAGAAACCCGAAGACGAAUCAGAUCCCACAGAGCGAGGAGAACACGAGAGGAAAAAGAGCGAACCGGAGUAUAUCAGCAACCUUCGCACCCUGAAUCAGGUCCGGGCGCGCUUGGAAGAAGUCGUUCAGACCUUCGGCGACGCAAUGGAGUGGCCGCUUCCACCGUCUGAGACUUCGAUAACGUCCUCGUUCAUCUCUGUUUCCGCACCAGAUUUAGGCCCGGACAGUCAGACGCGUGAGGAGAAAGGACAGGAAGCUGCAAAGAAGCUACGUGGUGAGAUCAAUGAGCUUCUGGAUAGCGAUGGUGGGCUUGAAGCUGCAGCGCGCAGGGUGGAGGCUCUACGGACACUAUCUUUGGUGUGGAAGGGGACAGCGGAGGAGAAGGCGCGGGUGAGGUUUGUGGACGGAUUAGCAAAGCUCGUCGAGGAGCGGAGGAGGGCAGUUGAGGCUCCGUCACAGAGUCAACAGACACAAAUCUCGGGGUCGAGGGGGCAUCAAAGACAGGAGAGUGAGGGGCCUGGGGGCGGGAUCUUCCGCAAUCUGCAACGGUUACGAGAGGAGAUUUACUUGGAAUGA